GGCGGAGGUGCUUGUGCGCGGAUAGAAGCGGCAAAGUGGGCACUCAUUGGCCCGCUCCGGUCAGAGCCGAGACGUUUUGAGGCCUCCAAUUGGCCGUGGGACAGCGCCUUAUCGGCCUAGGGCGGUCCUUCGGUCAGGAGCCUGGGGAGAACUGGGAAUCCGGGCCCGCGCGUUCGACACCCAUUGAUCGCCUUAGGUCAGAGGGGCGGGCCUUAUGGAUCUCCUCUAGCAGUGAUUGGUCAAUUGCUAGGAGAGGGUUGGGCUACGGCGAAGACACUCUCCCCAAACCUGCGCGGAGGUGGAGUGGCGGAUGGGGAGAGGGGCGGGGUAGGACGGUAGGACGGUAGGACGGUAGGACGGUAGGCCGGUCCCGACUGCAGUGGCCGUCUCAGUAAUUGGAACUGCUCCAGUUGGACCACGUCGUCUGACCACUGUUGGAGCUUCGAGAAGCCUUGAUCCUGGCCAAAGAGCUUUCCUUCAACACCCGUCGCCAUGAGCUCUCUUCACGUGGCUCACCCUUACUGGCCCCGAAACCUCCAGCUCAGUUCUUAUGUGCCCAACGACCUGCCGGUGUGGCAGAUCCUCACGGUGUUCUUUUCUGUCUCGGGGGCGCUCCUGGUGGCCACUUGGCUGUUAUCUGGCCAAAGGAGGAGAGAGAGCAAACCCCCGCAGCCGCCUCUGAGCCCCUGUCGCCGCCUGGCAGUCUGCUGGUUUGCCAUGUGUGCCUUCGUGCACUUGGUGAUUGAAGGCUGGUUUAGCCUCUACAAUCAGGAAAUUGCUAGGGAUCAGAGCUUCUUGUCCCAGCUGUGGAAGGAGUACUCCAAGGGUGACAGCCGCUACAUUCUGGCGGACAACUUCACUGUAUGCAUGGAGACAGUGACAGCCUGUGCCUGGGGCCCACUCAGCUUGUGGGCUGUGGGGGCCUUUCUGAGACAGAGGCCAGAACGCUUCCUUCUCCAGCUUAUUAUUUCCUUGGGUCAGCUGUACGGUGACGUCCUUUAUUUCCUCACUGAGUACCGAGAGGGCUUUCAGCAUGGGGAGUUUGGACACCCACUCUACUUUUGGUUCUACUUUGUCUUCUUGAAUGCCUUGUGGAUUAUCGUGCCUUCCGCCCUUCUUCUGGAUGCCUGGCGCCAACUGGCACGUGGCCAGUUGCUGGCAGAUGGUGCUGGCCCUCGGGCCCCGAGAAGACAGCAUGAGCAUCUCCAGUGAAGAUCUCAUGGAAGGGAGAAGGGGGGGAAAGGGAACAUUUUGUCAUAUUGAGCCAUCCUUCUGUCGUGCCACCGUUGGAUUUUGUUGCGGUCUAUUAUCUUUAUUAUCUUUGAGGCAGUUUCUUUCUCUUGCCCUGACUUGUGGGGUGGUUGGAGACUCUUGGUUCCAUGCACACAUACACACCCAUUAGGGAUCCACCCUUGACAUUUUUAAUAAAGGCUGUUGAAGAAGGCCCCAAAUACCCA